CACACACACACACACACACUCACACUCAUACUCUGGUAGACAGAGCCGGUUGAUGCCAGUAGAGAGAGAGAGGGAGGACUUCAGCAAAACAGUGAUCCCACAUCAGAAUUCUUCAAUUUCUCAACAGUUGAACAUUGAAAGAGAUGUGACAGUAAACACAUCUAGGCAUCUGGGACAACCAGAGUGAUGACUUCUUGCGAAAGGGCGUGACAGGGUGAAGCAGUUAUGCUGGAACUGUAGACUGUGACAACUGACAGAGGAAUAUCCUGUGCUUGUUAAACAGGCCUCAGUGGCUGACAACUGCAACACUAUACAACUGAGCAGUUCAAGGAUAAAAGGUCUUGCUUAAGGACCCAAUGGUGGCAGACUGGUAUUGCUGGUGUUCAUUGGUACUCAUGACUUUUCAAUCAGCCUUAUCCACUGAGUGAUUACUGCUUUAGGUUAGCUUUUGUGAGCUGAUGACCUUUGUUCACGGACUGGAUAACUACACUCUCAUGCCGUCUAUGAAGAUUCAGUCACGUCUAUGAAGAUUCAGAAGUAUAAACCAGCUUGUUUUCUUUUGGGUUCAACACCAUCAAGAUGAAUGUCCCCAGUAAGCAAUGGAAACCCAAGAAACCUCACUAUAUCCCUCGGCCCCCAAAUAAACCCUUCAAAUACCACUGUUUUCAGUGCCCCUUUACCUGCAAUGAAAAAUCUCACUUGUUCAACCAUGUGAAGUACGACUUGUGUAAGAACUCGCUCUCACUGCUUUUUAAGCAAGGCAAUGUUUCCCUGAACACUGUCGAUGAAAUUAGCAUGGCAACAGCUACCACAGAGGCACUGAUGCAGAAUAAUGUUUCAGUGCAAGCUGUCGAUGUAAAAGAAAUGACUACAGCCCAGCUUAAAGAUGACCACAAAGCCAUACCAAAUGAUGAAGAGAGGAGUAACAUACCUGAGAGAGUGUGGUUACCUCAGAUAGAUUCAGAACCAAAAAUGAAUGCAGAUCUACUAAUAACCAAAGCAUCAUCCAGGUCUGAUGGAGUGAAAAUGCCACCAUCGAGCAAUAAGGAAGAAUCACAUGUAACAACACAUACCUCUGUGUUUUCUGAUGUUUCACCUUUUCAGGAAGACCCAACAUCAACCAUUCAUCAACCUUUACAGUCCCUCCAACAUCUGUUUCUUCCAGCAUACAAUCCAAUUCCUGUUCAUAACUCAUUCUUCCUUGACUACAAACCCCAAAAGCAGGCAAAAGAAACAGAACCUUUUUACCAAGGUCUGGAGUACCCUUCUAAUGCCUUCCACUACAAUUUAUAUCCUAUACACUCUUCGUAUUCACCCUAUUUCCUUUGUGGCAAUUAUUGCAAUCAUAUCCCUUCCCCUCCACAAUUUCCACCAUACGUCAUUGAUGCUCUACCACCUGGCGUUCACCCACUCUUACCAGGGCAACUUCUUCCCAUCCACUCCAUCCCAACAAUCCCCAAUCCCAUUGUAGACCAAUCUUAUAGAUUCUACCAUUCAAAUCCACCCCCUAGCAUGUACCACCUUACAGACCUGACCCAUCUUACCUUGUAUAAUUAUCCAGAAAUAGGCCAGUCUACUAUGGCUGUACCCAGCGGUGUUGGUCAUGUGAGACCUGAUAGUUUCCAUCUUGAUUCAUACACCAUGGCUCAGAGAGAAUGCUUACUCAGACAGGAAGCUGGGAUCAGAGUAAGCCAAGUUCAAAUGAGUCCCAAACUUGGCUAUUCUCCAACUGGAUCACCAGCUGGGCCACAUGCAACAGACCACAUCCAGAAAAACUCAGAAUCACAGAAACUACUGGACGUAAGUGGGAUAGUGCCCCCACAUGACCAAUUGGAAGAGUGUAACACUAAAAUACUCUCAGCUGAUGAUGGAUCCCGACAAGGCAGCUCCACACACUGGGAGAGGCAAGCAGAACAGAAAGAAGUGGCAGAUAACGAUGUGGCCCCACUGAACAUCUCAAAGAAAGAGUCUGCUAUCGAGGUUCCUUUAAAUCUCCCUAUAAAACCAAUACCUGAUAUCCCAAGCCUGCAAACCCAUAUACAAGGUGAGAUUAAAAACGACACAUUGGGAAUUAUGGAUGCAAGUUCAGUGAAAGAAGAAAACGAUGAUUACACAGAUGAGCAGAAGCAGACAGCUGCAUUUGCCUUGUGUCAGCUGGCCCAGUGGAGACUGUCAGAACAGACAGAAUGCUCAGAGACGAGCACCCACUUCAGUACGUACACAGAGACCGGUGCUAAUGAUGGGCUGAACAACCAUCAAAUCAGCUCUACUCCACUUCAUGAUAACUGCAUAAGCAGUAAUCCAGCGCUCAUUCCUCAAAACACAAUUUCAACCAAAGAGAAUAGUAAAACUGUCUCUAAAACAGACCAGACAAAUCUUUCUCCAUUUCCUGAUCCGAAAUCUGCCCUGGAUGUUAACUGCUCCACACCUCAUUCUGAAGGUACAACAGUCGUUCAUUCUGAACCCAAAACCAAAGAUCAGACAAAGGCCAGGAGUUGUGGAACACGAAAUGCAAAGAGGAGCAGAGACUCAGUUCCUAGCAGCUGCAUUCUAAGGAAAAGACUUUGCUGUUAAUUGUUUCUAAAUUGUAAUAUUUGGUUGCAAGGCACUCAGAAGGAUGGAUAGCUAGACUUAAUGUUCAGCAUUGUGUCAUUUUGCAAAGUGCCUGAACCUGAUAUGAUCCAGCAAAUGGGAAAAAAAUCUCUAAACGUGCAAAACAAGGAAAACUGUACCUUUUUUGUCUUCUUUCUUUUAAAAAAAAAUCCAUUUAUACCAAGAUAUUUAUAAAAGAUAUACAAAAUAAAUAACUCCUAAGUAAUUACCAACCAGUUUAUUUUAUUUGACUAUGAAUCUGUAUUUGGAGGAUAUUGUUACUUCCUGUUUAACUAAAGUGCCAUGUCUUUCUAAGUGUAACCACUUGAAACUUGUACCUUGUAUCAGGUACAGGGUCAUAAAAGUCUCCUUAUCUCUCACUUAAGCCAGAAAAGUGUGUAGUUUGUAGUUUGACUGCACAAACCCAAACACACACACACCCACACACACAUUAGCAAGUGCACCUGAAACACGCUAAACCGUAAUCCUCACAAAGUGCAGGUAUGGACAUGUUGGGCUGUACGACCGUUGAGUUUCUGUCUCCUACCCAGAUAUGACACAACACAUGCUUACAGUUGUGCUCAUAGAUUUACAUACCCCUUUAACAGGGGUAUCAUCAUUAAAAUUUCACUUUGUUUGUUUUAUUUAGUCCUGCCCUGAAUAACAUAUUACACAUAACAGAUGUUUACAUAUAGUCCACAAAUAAAUAUUACUGCCCCAAGUAAUAACAAUUUACACCUAACAUCCUGGCUUUUAAUGCGUCGUGUCGCCUUCUUGAGCAUCGGUGAAUGUUUGCACCUUUUGUAAUAGUCUUGUACAAGUCCCUCAGUUGUCCUCAGUGUCAAAAGAUGGAACUCAAAAUCGUAUAGGCGCUGUUGGAAAGGGAUCAGAUAUGCAGAAGAUGCUGGAAAAGUAAAGAAUGUGCAGGACCUGGAGGAUUUUCCUGAAGAGGAGUGGGAAAUUUAACUGCUCAGGACAAUCAAGGGACUCAUGAAGAACUAUCACAAAAUAUAAAAACAGACUCUGAUCAUCCAGGUAAAGGGAUUAAGAAUCACGCAUAUGUAGCGUUUUGAACUGGUUCAUUUGUGUAAAUUCAGUUAUUAUUAUUAUCAUUAUUAUUAGUUAUUAACAGGUCUGUGAAGAUAGAAAUAAUAAUGUUUUAGAACAAAUUUGUGAAUAUAAGCCGGUGAUUUGCAGCUGCACACUGUCAGAACUGCCGUCAUAGAAAAAUAAUCAAUGUUCUAAUAAACCAUGUGUAACACUAU